AAAAACCGUUACUCAACCUUUUAGCGAAAGAGCUUAGCGAUUAUCUUUACCGAAAAACGAUAAAAACUUAACAAUUCACGAUUUCCUCAAUUCUAAAACUUUGUGCUCUCCAGUAGCUUGUUCUGUAGUGUAACAUCGGACCGCUAGUGAGUGCGAGCAUUAUCACCGUCAUGGCCACCGAUUUCAAGUCCAUUCCCAUAAUCGAUAUUGGUCCUCUAUUGGCCAAGUGCGGUGAUCCUAAAAUGGCUCAAGACCCAGGUGUUUCUCAGGUCGUUAAACAAUUAGAUCAAGCUUGCAGGGAAGCUGGUUUCUUCUAUGUGAAGGGCCAUGGUAUUCCUGAUUCUCUCAUGAAAGAAGUUAAAAAUUUGACUCGCAAAUUUUUUCACCUUCCAUAUGAGGAAAAACUCAAGAUCAAGAUGACACCAGCCACUGGAUACAGGGGAUAUCAGAGGAUUGGAGAGAAUAUAACUAAGGGAGUACCAGAUAUUCAUGAAGCUAUUGAUUGCUAUAGAGAGAUUAAACCAGGGAUGUAUGGUGCUUUAGGCAAGCCUAUGGAAGGAUGUAACUUAUGGCCACUUGAUCCUCCAAAGUUCAAGUUGUUGAUGGAGGAGUAUAUCAGCCUUUGCACAGACCUUUCAAGGAACAUAAUGCGUGGAAUUGCAUUAGCUUUGGGCGGGUCACCGUAUGAAUUUGAAGGUGAAAAAGCUGGGGACGCAUUUUGGGUAAUGCGUCUAAUCGGUUACCCAGGCAUAUCCUCUGAAAAUGCACAAGAGAUGCCCAAAAAUGACAUUGGAUGUGGGGCUCACACAGAUUAUGGUUUGUUGACAUUGGUUAAUCAGGAUGAAGACACAACAGCACUCCAGGUUAGAAAUCUGUCUGGGGAAUGGAUAUCAGCUCCUCCUGUUCCUGGAACAUUUGUUUGCAAUAUUGGUGACAUGUUAAAGAUUUACUCUAAUGGUUUAUAUGAAUCGACUUUGCAUCAAGUUACCAACAAUGCAGCAAAAUAUCGAGUGUCUGUUGCAUAUUUCUAUGAGACAAAUUUUGAUACAGCAGUAGAGCCAUUGGAUAUUUGUAUACAGAGGACGGGUGGAGCUAAGAAAUUUGGGCGAGCUGUUUACGGAGAGCAUUUAGCCAGCAAGGUUCUUACAAAUUUCGUUUAGGAGCUCUUAAUUUGUAUGUUAUUUUUCCAUUAAAUUAUUAUCAGAUUGUACUCUGAAAGUCCACCUAGAAUAAUGAAUUGCCAUGUGUUAACGUUCCGUUUAUUUUUAUAUAGAUUCUCUGAAUAACAGACAUUCAUUUUCAGUAA